GCAAAUGCGUCCCUUCGACGUCUGCUUGGUCUGCUCGUUGAGUGCCAACUCAAAGGCCAUGUUAUCGUGUUGUGAAUUGAAGUAAGGAAGCAUACAAAGCCCUCAGUCAUCGAUUGUCACGAUGGCACGGCAGCGUCGCAAAGAACCGAGGGACCACCCCAGAAAGCUUCAACUAGCCGCGAAGCCCCGACCACCUGCGAAUGCAAAUGAUGAUCAACUUGGCCCAUGGGCGCCUCUGCCGUAUACUGCUUUCAAAGCAAUUUUGUCCGCUCGACUAUGUGCAGCAGUGUGGAACAACAUAGCUGAUUGCGACGAGACCUUUAACUACUGGGAGCCUACCCACUACCUGAUGUAUGGCAAAGGCCUUCAAACCUGGGAAUACUCUCCCCAGUACGCUAUUCGGUCGUAUGCGUACCUUUGGCUCCACGCGCUUCCAGGCCUUGUCUACAGCACCCUGCUUCAAUCAAAUAGGGUUCUUGUAUUUUACUUCAUGCGCUGCAUCUUGGGCUUCGUUUGCGCGCUUUGCGAGGUCUAUUUCUAUAAAGGCGUGCUUAAGCGCUUCGGACCGGUAGUUGCACGCUCGACUCUAGUCCUGCUUCUCUUUAGCACUGGUAUGUUUGUCUCCUGUACUGCGUAUCUUCCGAGCUCAUUUUCCAUGUAUUGCACGAUGGUUGCAUUUGGAGGCUGGUUGCUUGGUGACCACCGUGUUACAGUGUUCGCCACUGCCGUAGGUGCUCUAUUGGGCUGGCCGUUCUCGGCCGCGCUUAGCUUGCCAGCUGCUUACGACAUAGCUUUCGUGAAGCGCAAGCCUCACCCUUUUUUGGUUUCCUGUGUGGGUUCGCUUGCCUUCAUUCUGCCCGUGCUCGUGACUAUCGACACGCAUUAUUUCGGUCGAACCGUGCUGGCGCCACUCAACAUUGUCAUGUAUAACGUGUUCAGCAAGCACGGCGCCAACUUGUACGGAGUCGAGCCAUGGUCCUUCUACUUCAAGAACGGACUGCUCAACUUCAAUGUCGCUUUUGCAGCCGCUUUGGCGUCAGGCCCGGCGGUGUGGAUGUGGCCUAAGCUGACACGACAAGGUCAUCCGCCACACGGCCGCGUGAGCGCUGACUGCCUGUUGGAGCUGGCGCCACUUUACCUUUGGUGCGCGAUUUUCUUCAGCCAAGCCCACAAGGAAGAGCGCUUCCUCUUUCCCGUGUACCCACUCAUCUGUCUGUGUGCCGCCAUCUGUGUCAGCACACUCGAGUCUGUGACCAGCCACUACUCGCGCACACUGACGGGUGUCGCACGCCGCGCCACGUCUGCUGUCGCCCAGCAUCUCUGGCUCGUCUUUCUGGUCACCGCCACGCUGCUGUCCGUGUCCAGGACGGUGGCCCUCUAUCGAAAUUUCAGAGCACCCAUGGAGAUAUACAUGGAGCUUGGGCCACUUGCAAGCCUUGGUGCUGACAGCCAUGGUAGCCAGGGUGACAUUGUGCCAUCAACACUUUGUGUGGGGAAAGAGUGGUACCGAUUUCCCUCGUCUUUUUUUCUACCUCAAAACUGGGAACUCUCCUUCAUUGAGUCAGAAUUUCGAGGACAGCUUCCCAAACCGUAUGCAUCUGGUGCUAAUGCAACACGCAUCAUACCCACAGAUAUGAAUGAUGCCAAUAGGGAAGAACGGUCUCGCUACAUAAGUCCAACUCUGUGUGACUACCUUGUUGACACAGAUGGUCAUGAUGUGACUGAUCGUGAGCCUGACUACUCGUCCAGUCCAGAUUGGGAGGUUGUCACUUCUGUCAAGUUUUUGGACAGCAAGAGGUCUCCAGUUUAUGCAAGAACCUUUUAUGUGCCAUUUGUGACAGAACGGCAAUGCUCAUAUGUCAACUACUACCUGCUCAAGCGAAAGAAACCAACUAGGAAUAAGGCUUAGCUCUUCUUUCAUUUUCUUCUAAGGGGUCCAUGACCGAAUGCUGAAAGAGCAUUCCAUAGUACUUAGCGCUUGGUUUGUGUGUGGAUGUCUAAGACAUUUUCAACCAUGACUAAAGACCUGACAUGUUGACAAAAUGUUUAGUUUUGAACUAGUUACAUGUUCAUAUAAAUUUUUAGUACAGGUAGUUUUGGGGGGGGGGGGGGGGGGGCACCAUCAGCCUGCAUCGCUAUAUUUCUGUAGUGUUGAAAAUUAGCAAAAACACCAUUUGCAUGUACACUCGGUGACAAAAUAUUACGGACCAUGAAAUCUGAGAAAAAGCUGAAUAUUUCCACAGCCUCACAACGCAGCCUGGUAUUUGCAUUUCGGGCCUCGACUAGAAUAUGCUAGCAACAUUGUCGUAUACAGUUUUACUGGCUACUGCUACAAGCUACUCGGGAAUUGAACGUUUGCUGAGAUACCGUGGUCCAUAAACAUUGUCGCUGGGUGUACGUUGUAAAACUGUGCAGAAGAUUUAAAAAAUAUAUAUCCUUUUUUUUUAUGCCAAUAAGCUUUUAUGCUGUAAAUUAUUGAAACUUACACGCCUAUGUAAAUAAUUGCAAAUGUUGUGCACAAGUCAGUGAGGACUGAAACCAGUUCAAUACAUCAGUAGCUGCUCAUAGAAACAUUUUACAUCAUGACAAGUAAAAAGGAAUAUGGCACACACUCAGUUUACAAAUUACAAGCUUGUGGAUUUUUGAAUAUGCUGAAAGCCAUGAUAAAUGCCGUAAAAUUAAAGAGCAUUCCACCUGGAAACUUCAUUGAGUCUCAUUAUAACUGUGUUUGUAUGCAUAGCAGUGACUGUGAUUUAGAAAAAUGGGAUGCUGUCUCAGUGCCUAGAACUCUUUGUGCUGUUUUACAGCACAGUAAUGCAGUUUACAUUGGAACUGAGACGUGUCAUAGAGGGUAUACGGCCCCUGAAAGGGGCCCUGUAGUAACCUAUUAAUGCCACUAGUUCUGCAGAUAUACUCUUUUUAAACCACAGAAAUAAGUGCAAUAACAGCUAUGAAGACUGGCAAAGGCAUACGUAAAAAUUACUCAGCUGAGGCAUUUCAAAUUACAGGCAAACAGAAAGGUGCUGUUCACUGUAAGUUCAAAGCUGUAAAAGAAUAUGCUAUGUCUUACAGCAUCUUCAAUACACAGUACCUCAAAACAAACAAUGCAGAAUAUGUUCAACCACUUCUUAGUAGAGAUCCUGGCUACAUUUUUACCUCAAUUGCUGUUCCCAACUAUCUAUAUUUGCAACAUCUCACAGGCAUAGCACUCAGCUUUGUGCUCAGUUCGGUAAAUUAUGCGCUUUUAUGCAUUCACAAUGUCAUGGUGAUACCAUACUGAAGGUUUCAAGUACCAUCAGCAGCAGUGGACACUAGCUGCCUUGGCCACCAUGAUUCACCAACUUCCUUUUUGUGCCAACCAUGCAUUGUUGUGAGUCACUCCACGUAGGAGCAAUAAUUGAUGAGUUAAGUAGUAGAAUGGAAUCCUUUCGUGAGAGCAUGUGAGCAUAAACUUAGGCAUUCUCAUAUGCUCACCAUUACAUGAUGUGGCAUUUCUCAUAGCUUUAUAAUGCAGAAAAUCAACCAUGUUCAAUGAUACCAUUCACGUGACAUGAGCAAGAUUUGGGAAGUUUGGUUUGCAGGGUCCAUUUGAGUACAAAUUGAUGCGUAUAAAUAUAAAAAGUAACUCCUCACGCCUUCUACGAAAUGUUACAGGAGCAGUGUAGUUCACUGGAGGUACCAUUAGGUUAUAGAUUGUUAAAAUGGCAGAUGCACAUCAUGUUUUGGGAUGGUGUUUUCUGUGGUACAGAUACUUAACACUGGCUUCUUUUGAAGUGCUGAAUUGCCCACUAAAUUGAGCCUGUGAGAAGCAAAAUAAUAGGUCAUGCCACCUGUCAAUGCUGUCAUUUUGCAGCAAAUAGUUUCUUUAAUCAAUUUUCCUAAAAGAUGCACAAGAUAUGGCAAUUAAACACAAUGCUCGUUCUUUUAUUGCCUUUCUUUUUCUUUUUUUGUGCACAUUAAAGAACAGGUAGAAGGCUUAUCAAACAAGUAAAAAACCAGGAGCAUGGCAUCUACUGAUGCUUACAUGACGGAGCAUGCACUUACAUGUUCUGCAUGUAGGGGAAACUUUUUUUUUUCUCUCUGCGCAUUAUAGGGAUGUGUUUGAUGUGUUGAGAUAUCAGAAACAUGCGUAAUGCGUGACUCUCAUAUAUGAACCUUUUUUUUGCACAUUUUGCAGCAUGUAUGGUUUGGAAAUAGAUCGCUUGUGUUAUGGGGGGGGGGGGGGGGGGGUAAUCAGCAGCUGGUAGUGAGUCAUAAGAGAGGUUACGAUGUCCCACACUUCAAAAAAAUAUUUAGAAUAAAAAUGUCGGCAUGUCAGACAUUGUAAUAGCCACUUGUGGCAGUGCUUUUGGAGUUCUCACCCGAAAACAAGGUGCAUAUAAGUGGCCAAUGCUGUACUUGAGGGGUGGGAAUGGUGCCAAUAGGAGAAAAUAGGGUUCAUGUUGUUUUGAAAUUUCAUGUAAUGAAGUUUGUCUUCAUUGGAGUAGUGACCUUUUAUAAAAUUUUGAAGAAACUGGCCAUCUGUGUAACAAAAAUCCAUCGACUUCCUGGUGACUGUCAUUGACCAGGACAGUCAUUGGUGCAUGUGAGCAUAAAUCUGAUGCCUCUAAGGUGUGUUGGGCAAUAAGAAAGCUUGCAUUAAGCAGUCUGUAAAUUCUGAAUAAAACUCAGUGAGUUAAUAUUUCUACGUCUGUAUUCAGGUCAGUUGCCAACAUUAUAUUAUACAUGUAGAGUUGGGACCCUAAAUUAGUGAAGUUGCUUGUUCUUAACAAACCUAUUUUGUGGACAUGCCAUUUUAAAUGUUUUUGUUGAUACUGACAAAGUAGAUUCAUUCUACUUAAUAAAAACAUGUUGAUUGACUGCUGAAGUGGCAGCAUUUUUCCAAUGCUUGAUUAUAUAAAAUUCAGCGAUGCUUUCACCUAAUUUCAUAAGCAUCAGUUCAAAAUCUACAUUGUACUUGUGCACAAUGUGUAGCUUAAGCUUUCUAGAAACUUGUGUUGUUUGACACAAGCAAAAAGUGGCUCAUUUUUUAAUUUUCCUUGUGACUGCCAUGUUUUUUUUUUAUUAUAAUUUCAUUUCCUAUAGCAUUCUUCAGGUACAUUUUCUGCACAGUUGCAAUGUUUGUGAGGUUAUUUUAAUGAUACACUACUUCAGUGGUAACUGAUAUUGCCUUGUUUUUUUUCCUCUACUGUGAAGUAUACCGCUUACUUUCAAAGAAAAGCUCUCUUAUGUGCAAAAUGAGAUUUAGGCCAUUAACCACUAUUGCAGUAUGUCUACUAACAAACGGUGCAUCACUAUAACUUUGGCUGAGCGUUAAAGGUAAAGUCAUCCUGUAUUUAUGCUUCCUCAAAUUCAAGUAACACUAGCUCUUGUGCACCUAGUUUGACACAUUAAUAAUAUAUUUAGCAAUGAAAUUGGUAGUCAUUAUUUAACUCAUGGAAAUUUUCAGUUUAGUCAGAAAUAAACAGUUUUACAAGUCAUGAAUAACAUUUAAUGCAAUUAUGUGUAUAGCCAAGCAAGAUACAGAUACACAGGCAGAUAGAAACUUGAAGUGAUUCACAGUGAUGGAACAAGGAGUACCACUGAACUCCAGCAAAAUUCCAUUUUUAACCACUCUAUAGGAAACCAGCGCUGGCCAGAAGGUGCUAUGGCAAUUUGAUUGCCUUACUAAAAUAUGCUGAGGCCGUUUGAUAGGGAUGCCAAGGAAAUCGUAGGAUAUCUUAAACAAUGACAGAGGCGCACCUGUAUCAGCACUUGAUAGCGCCUGGUGCAUCUGGCCAGCCUUUUUUCGUAGCAAUAGGCCUUUUGAGGAAGGCAUGAGCUCACACAUUCUAGCAUGCCGGUGCCCAGUCAGGUCAAGCACUAGGCACAUGUGCCUCAAGAUGAGCGGUGAAUUUGCUGAUGCAAAAUGAAAGCAUGUUCUACUAAAAACUGUUUUCACUGCUCGCUAAGCAGUGUGUUACAGCACUGCUGUUGCCACACGAAAUUUCAGCACUGGCUCCCUAUAUGUGAAGGAAUUUUAUUUGCAUAGUAGUGACUUGUAUACAGGGUGUUACAGCGAACACUUUCAAAAAUUCUUAAAGGUUACCUGUGGCAGAUAGCACAAUUCUAGUUCAUGAGCUGGUCUACUCGAAGAGGCGGACAUUACUUACACAAGAAAUUGAAAUGCAUAAUCGAAUAAUUAGAAAAUGGACUAAUUAAGUUUUUAACUAAUUAGCUGAUGGCCCAUAUUGUAAUUUACAAAUUGUAGCCGUGGAGUUCACAAGGCGGAUCCACUUGGAACGAAUUCUCGGGAUGACACGAGUUUCGAGAUAUUAAUUCCCGAACUUUGCGGAGAAAUGCAUUGGCGUUCACGGCUACAAUUUGUAAAUUGCAAUAUGGGCCAUCAGAUAAUUAGUUUAAAACUUAAUUAGUAACUUUUUGUUAAUUAGUCAAUUAUGCAUUUCAAUGUUUUGUACAAGUAAUGUCCGCCUCUUUGAGUAGACCAGCUCAUUAACUAUAAUUGGGCUAUUUGCCACAGGCAACCUUAAAUAAAUUUUGAAGGUGUUCGCUGAAACACCCUGUAUAUUAUAAACCACCCAAACAUUUACAGGGUACUUCAAAAUGCUCAUUGCAGUUUUUGCUAUUAUAGUAACAGCUAGUAUGUAGCAUGGCCAAUUCACUAUGUGUUGUUAAUGUCAGACAUGAACCUCUCGCAUUAUUAGAUCUCUUCCCAACUGGGAAAUACUGCUGCAGAGAGAAAUUUCACACAUUUUAAAAAUUUCUUUCGGUGCUUGACAGCUCAAUAAAUAAAUUUGUUUAGAUGUUUAUUAUUGUUCAGAGGUCAGUAUGUCUUUAUCACAAUAUGACGAAAAAAAGAAAGAUAUCCUUGUCUCAUCGUUUUCACGUAUUGUACAAAAUGCCUUUCUCUCGUUUACCAAUGCACACAGAGCAUUCUGUAUUUUUGGCAACUGAAGUUCGAAGCACAAGUCAUCUAGAAAAUGUUUGCCUGCUCAGAUUCACCCAAAGGACUCUGAAUUUUAGGACUCUAAUGUGUAUACCCACGAGCAACCUCCUUUUCUUCUUUUUAAAAAGUUGGUGCUGUUAGCCAAUGUUUGUUGUUUGUUUUCUUCCAGUGCACAGGAUAUGCAAGAAGUUAAGUAAGCACACAGGCUGGCACUUCACGCCUGUUUGCCGUUGUGCACACGGCCCAUAAUGGUUGCACAAAGAAUCGCAAUAUUCGCUUAAAAUGUCAUCCUCGAGCUAGUCCCAUGAAAACAUCUUCUCAGUCCAGUCAGUAAGAUUCAGAGUUCUGUCCCCAGCAUUCAGCUUAUCAGAAAUUGGGAAAAACCAUAACCAUUAGGCAUAAUCUACUUACCGAUAACAAGACUAUGAUAAAAAAUUUCCUAUAUGUAUAAAUUUUGUCUCUGCAUGUUGAAACACAAUCUUAUGAAUGCUUAUACCGUGAUAAAACAAGCCGAAAAGUUCUAAGUUUUUGUCAGAAAUGUAUUCUGAAAACUCCUGUCCGUGUAUUCUCUAAAAUAAACUUUAAAAAAUGCAAAACCCUGUCUAAUUAAACGCUCAGUGGGAGUUCUGUGGAACAUGCUGCAUAGCUGCAGAAAUGUUUUGAUGACAUGCUGUGCCAAUUUUACUGACACCGAAAGCUUAUUGUUUGCCAGACAGCACUUGUUAAUUAAUUAAUAAUUAAUUAAAUUAGAUUGUACCCUUUGUUGCACCUAGUCAUGAAUUUCUUGUCAUCUUGAUCUCUCUCUUAAUUUAUUUUUGCCCAACAUAGUGUGGCUAACCUUAAGCACAUAUGUACCAUAUGUGCGUGAAUCUAAAUAUUCGCUCUAUUCUCGUAUUGGAAGAGCCUGCACCCGGCCCAAUUUUGCUCCAAAGUGUAUGCAAAUGUAAGCACUCCCCUUGUUCUCAAAGAUGUUGUUGCUGUUCAGGCCAUUCUUAUGAUGAAAUUUUUUUUAAUGUGUGGCAUUACAAGCAGGCUCGAGGAACAGACGGUCAAUUUGUUAUGAGGCACUGAUAACAGCAAGAGCAGCAGGUGGGGCAGUGUCGCAAAGGCCUCCAUGUCAAGCGGACAGAAUGAGUGCUUGGUUACAAGGAAGUGGGCUGGUGGCAAGCAGCAAUCUAAAUAGUGGACCAUAAUUUUUCCAACAUUGCAGAUGACUUUGGGCUUUUUAAUUUGAGUUUCUCAUUAAACUAAUGCUGACACAGAAACCUUGUGUAUCGCUUUUUGUAUUUCUAGGCAGCUAUCCACACUGUGAUUACAACAUAAAGCCUAAAUUUCUCAAGAGUGCAGCAAGUAAUUGUGUGCGACUUUUAAUGCGACCAGUUCAAAACAUGUGCCAAGUGCAGCGCAGCUUGACAUGAGGCAGGGAGCAGUGCACAUCACCAAAACUGUAGGUAGUGAUCACAUGGUAUUACAAACCACAUGUGCAUCUGCCAGUCAACCCAGUGAAAUGUUUGAAAGACACACAAUUACUGUGUUGCCAAAAACUGGCUCUGCUUUUCCAAAAAAAAUUCAGUCUCAUCCUCUGCAGUUGCUUUUCUGGGCACACAGUGAGUUCCUAUUCCCUCCUACUCCCCCUUAUCCUGUUGAAUACUUUGCUUUCAAUAGCUUGGCCAUAGCAUAGGUGCACUCGUAAGGAGUCUGUGGUGACGUGACCGGUGCCUCCAGUUAUGGUGACAUGAUUGCAUCCUGCUUCAUGUCCGAAGCCGUGCGGCACUUGGUGCUUGUUUCGAACUGGAUGUAUUAAAAGGUGAUCUAACCAAUCAUUUGCUGUGCUCACGAGUGAUUGAGGCAUCACACUGCAAUCACUGGGUUGACGGCUAGUCGUUAAAAAAAAAGGGAAGACAAAAUUCCAGAUCCGUACUUAGUUAAUGAAAUGGCAUUAAUGCACAGACUUCAUGAAACAUUUAAUUUAUUAAAUGUAAGCACCCCUCCACACUUUGGUAAAGCUGAGCAUGGAAAGAAACAAAACAUACUUAGGUUCACCAAUAUAUGAUACAUACUGUUUUUGCUGGUACCUUUUCAAGUUCUUAUCAGAAAUGCAGCUUACUUGCAGAGUUCAAGUUCAGCCUUGGAAACAAUAUAGAAUGUCAUGAAAGGUGUUGCUUGUUAACAUGCAUGAAGCCAAGGCUGUGUAAUGUUCAUUGAGGAUCAGCUGAUACACUGUAGUUUUGUACAGUUUCACAAGGUCAUUGCUCCAUUGUGUUGUCGUGUAGUUGUUGAUGCGUGCUACCACAUAAAGCUCAAGUUGAUGUUCAAGGGUAUUAUGUCAUUGCUAACCACAUAGCCUUAAAGUCUGCCAAAAAAAAGUAAAGCUAGAUGUGCUACAGACUUUCUUUGUUUCACUUUCUUUGCACUAGGCACAAGUUUUCUUCUGAAUGGAUCUUAUAAGUGCUGUUUGCUGAAGUUAGUACAGCUGGAAGGCUUAGAAAUUAAAACGAGCAUUUAUUACAAACAAUGUUCUUGCGACUUUGACAUUGAUAUGAGCUUGAUUGAUAGCCAAAUGUAUACAUACAGUACUUCACCCUGUCAGUGACUUUCGGUUUGUUCCAGCCUUCACUUGGAGGCUGGCUUCCAGUUUGUGCAGUGUGCUGUCAAUUGUACCACGUCAUCAUGCUUCAUCACCUAUGAUGCUUGUAUGUAUUGAUAUCAAGUGCAUUUUUUUUUUUUUUUUUCAGGAUUGAGGGGGGCAAGUACUAUUACUAUGCUGUACAAGCUUAGAUAUGCAAAACAAACAUUCCCUAUGUCAUGACUGUGUGAGUGGUUGGUUCAGUUUAAAUCACUGCUUGUGUGUUGUUCAUUAUAGGUUGCAUUCCAACCAUUCUCUAUUUCUGGACUCUGAGCUUAACAACCCAAAGUGAAUGUUUGGUUUCAUGAUUUUCUGAUUAGCACUUUAAUUGAUAAAUGGGAGUCAUGGACUGCCAUUUGCAUUGAGGUAAACUUAUUUAAACCCUUUCUUGCCUGUAUUGUGUAAUCACAAUAUUAUUCUCAAGAGUCAAAUGCUAACGAGAACUUUGUUCAAAGCGUUAUUGCAUCUUCGAUAGUACAGAGCUGGGUGUGUUCACAUAAGGACAGUCCCAGGGGUGCCCGAACUAUGUUUUCUUUUGAAUUGUUGUGUAUAUAUAUAACUUAGCAAAAUCUCUGCACACAUUGGAAUUGAGCUUGUUUUUUCAGCACACGCCUUUGUUUCAGCAUGAAAAGUCUUCACUGAGACAAGGUGUAAAAUGGUAGUUAUGCAAUUGUACAAUGUUCCAACUUUGAAAGAAUGUGAAAAAAAUAAAAUAAAGACAGCUUUGUACACUUUCACACUUAAUGUACUGCACCAGAUGCCCUCCCGAGUUGUUCUUAAUAGACAGUGCAUGCUCUCUAGCCCUGUCAUUGAAACAUCUUCCAGUCUGUCCUAUGUACACUUUUUCACAACUUGGGGGUAUCUUAUACACAACAUUAGAAACGCAUGCUGCGAAACAAGUAGCAUGCCUUUUAUCACACUUCUUGCAGUUUGUUGUUAAUGUUAGGGAGCAUAUUUUUGAGAGCUUGCACGGGCUAAAAUUUCGUAUUUCUUCAAUAAACCACAGUGGAAGUUAGCGCCA